AUGGCUCGUAUUGAACUCAUACGUAGAUUGCGACUAUUCACAGUUUUACGUCGAAUGUCAGAUUAUGAUAAUCGAUUUGGUACAACCAAACUAGUGAUUCCAGUUGUUUCACGUCCUGCUUCAUUUUUUUCUUUCAUCAAGUCGAAGCUUAGUGAAGCUGCCUCUAGUCAGUCUAAAGACUCUCAGAGUGUACCAAAUGACAGUGAGUGGUUGGAUGCAGUCCAAGAAGUUGAAAAAUCGGAAUUGUUACAUUGGAAAGGAUCUGAUACUAGUAUGACUAGGACAGAACUUCGAAAAUGGAAGAAACGUACAUUCCUUCAUAUUUUAGAAAUGUUUAUUCAACGAUCAGGACCAAGUCGUAAAGGAUUCACUUCGUUCAUUGAAAAUGCACUAACUAAAAUGCCUGAAUACGAAGUGGUUGAUGAUUUAGAUUGUUAUAAAGCAGUAAUUCGUUUAUUUCCUACUGGACGAAUGGUUGUGAAACGUUUCUUACAAGCGGAUUUUGGUCAUUUUCCAAAACAACAACAAGUUAUGAUUGACAUAUUAAGUCAAAUGUCAAGAUAUCACGUCCUGCCAGAUGAUGAAGUUGGCCAAAUGAUUAUCGACGUUUUCGGUUGGCGUAAUCAUGCUAUGAAUGCUUAUCGUCGUCUAAUGUAUUGGAUGCCUAAAUUGUAUUAUAGUAAUCCAUGGACAUUACCACUUCGAAUCGUUGAUGAUCUUGAUUUAGAUCCCAUUAAAUUGGGCUGUUUAAUUGCUGAAAGAAUAUGCCCCGAUCGGAUGACAGAAUUCACUGUUGUACAGAUGUCUUCAUCUAAUCCUGAUAGACCAGAUUCAAUUAUCAGUGCUCAAAGUCCUGAACAGCGUGCAUUACUAGCAUAUUGUACCAAUAAACAAAUUCACAAUGAUCAAAUUAAUAAUACUCAAUGUACAAAACCAACGAUUUAUUUAGAUGGACCACAUUAUGUAUGGUUUAGAAAUUUACAAGCUGCUUAUUACACCUUAUGGACAGAGAUCGAUGCUGAUCGAUUAAAAAAAGAAAUUAAUUCAGUAAAAGUUAACCAAGUGCCAAAGCAUAGUGCAGACGAACCGUAUAAUCUUUCAUUCUUCAACUAUUCUAAUGAUAGUUCAAAUAUAGUACUGAAUAGUUCCAAUUCCCAAAAUGCGAAUCGCUCACUUUUUCCACAUAUGAGUCUUCUUCCUACAGUGAGUUCAGUUGGUACUGAAUUGCACCAUUGUAAUGAAGAUAAUGUCUUUACAAGAUUUAUAAGUAAGUGUGAACCAGAAUUCGAUAAACGUUGGCUUUCAAUUCGUCAAAGUCAUGUCUAUAAAUAUUUACCAUCCAAUCUAUGUCAACAUGAACAAGGUGAGGGUACAAUACUUGCUGUUGGAGUUGUUGUACCUAAACCAGAUGCUUUGGAUAAUCAGAAAAAGUUAUAUGAUUGGGAAGUUUCUAACAGAAUUCAUCAUACAGAUUCAAAAGAUUGUAAACAACGAAAUCAAAAAGAAAGAUACAAUUUACCACAAAUCCCAUCACCUGCAUCUUCCGCACUUAUUCGACUUUGGUUAAGUGAGCUGCACGCUAAAAAUCCUUUCUUUGAUGAUGCCGCAUUAGUUAUUCGAGUUCAAAUGAAUAUUGAUCAGGGUCAAAAAUCUGGAAAUAA